CUUCCAUUGGCAGGUCAGAAAUGGUUUACCCUUACUACAGGUGACUUUAGGUGAAAAUUUCACCGCAGUAAGUCUAUCAUAUUGAAUGUACGACAUUAUCUUUACAAGGAGGAGGAGAAAAACGAUAUGCAGGUAUGAAGCGAGUACGGACCGAACAGAUUCAGUACGCCGUGACCCAGUACCUGAAAAGGCGGCAGUAUGUGGAUUCGGAGGGCAACCUGAAGAUUGCCAAGCUCUCACAAACCGCCGAGGAGAUGGCUGCCAACCUCAAUGUCCAGACCGAAUCCAGUUGUGCCAACAUAGUCUCGGCCGCCCCGUGCCAGGCCGACCCUCACCAGUACGAGACUCAGUUCUCCAAGCUACGCACCUUCCUCCUGGAGGCGGAGGUGUCGUGGGGUAAGGAGGUGAGCCGCGUGCUCUACCCGCUGUUCCUGUACCUGCACCUGGACAUGGCGCGCUGCGGUCUCCGGGCGGCGGCCGACGGCUUCUACGGUCGCUUCCACGGCCUCUUCCUGCAGGACGCCGAGCAGAGGGCCACCGUGGAGCUGCUCAAGGGCGCGCUGACCGCGCAGGACGUGGCGGCCCACCCCAAGCUGUGCGCGCUCCUGGAGCACAAGUACGUGGUGCACCUGUCGGACGCGGCCUACAGCUACCUGCUGCGCUACCUGCAGAGCGACGACCACGGCGCCCUGUGCCGCGUGCUCAGCACGCACCUGCAGCUGGAGGUCACGCCCACGCCGCGCACACACUACCAGCUCUACGGCAACAGCGCCGCCAACAACACCGCCGCAUCCAACACCUCAGGCUCCACCCCGGACGCGGUUGCUGACGGCCUGGAGGACGGCACGGGACGUCCGGCGGCGGCGCCCCAGAGCGAGGCGGCGCUCGAGGCGCUCCAGGAGUCCAUCCGGCGCGUGCGGGACGGCCCGCCCUCGCUGACCACCGUCUGCUUCUACGCCUUCCGGCACACGGAGCGGCAGCUCAACGCUGCCGAGGUGUCGGCCGACAGCCGCCUGCUGGCCGCCGCCUUCGACAGCUCCGCCGUCAAGCUGUGGAGCCUCCGCGCGCGCAAGCUCAAGGCCGGCCCGCACCGCGCCGACGUCAGCAAGGUCCGGCUCGCCUGCGACCUGCUCGAGGAGGAGGCGGACGACGAGGACGCGUCGGGCAGCGAGAUGCGGACCCUGCGCGGCCACUGCGGGCCGGUCUACCGCGCCGCCUUCCUGACGGACGGCCAGUCGGGCGGCGGCGGCGGCGGCGGUGGGCCGGGCCCGGGCCAGGCGCUGCUCUCGUGCUCGGAGGACGCCACGGUGCGCCUGUGGGACCUGACGAGCUUCACGUGCGCGGCGCUCUACCGCGGCCACGCCUACCCGGUGUGGGACGUGUCGGCCAGCCCGUGCGGCCUCUACUUCGCCAGCGCCUCGGCCGACCGCACCGCCCGCCUCUGGACGCCGUCGCGCGCCCACCCGCUGCGCCUCUACGCCGGCCACCUGGCCGACGUCGACUGCGCCCGCUUCCACCCCAACUCGGCCUACCUGGCCACCGGCUCGUCCGACAAGACGGUGCGCCUGUGGAGCGCCCAGCAGGGGGCGACGGUGCGCCUCUUCACGGGACACCGCGGGCCCGUGCUGGCGCUGGCCUUCUCGCCGGACGGCCGCUACCUGGCGUCGGGCGGCGAGGACCAGCGGCUGCGGCUGUGGGACCUGGCGUCGGGCGGGCUGGUCAAGGAGCUGCGCGGGCACACGGACGCCGUCACGGGCCUCUCGUUCAGCCCGGACUCCAGCCUGGUGGCCUCGUCGUCGCUCGACAACUCGGUGCGCGUCUGGGACAUCCGGAACAGCCACAGCGCCGCCGGCGGAGGCGGAGGCGGCGGCAGCAGCAGCGCGGCGUCCGGAGGAACGGGGACGGGCGGAGGCGCGGCGUCCGGUGGCGGGGGGUCGGCGGCGGCCGCAGCGGCGGCGGACGGCUCGAGCAGCGAGCUGGUGGGCCUCUACACGGGCGACACCAGCAGCAUCCUCAACGUCCAGUUCAUGGCCUGCAACCUGCUCAUGGUGACCGGCACGGCUCAGGAGAAGCAGGAGCUCUAGCGCCCCCUGGGGUCGGACUCAAGAAGGGAACGAAAAAGAAGAAACUGAUUGAGACGAAGAAAGACAGGAAAUAGCCAAAUAUGUAUAUAUAUACUGGCACUCCUUCCACGAAUGAUGCAGCUAAUGUACGUCACUAGAGGAGGACUUUGGGGGAGGAUCGGAUAUCGUUUGUUUUUGUUUUUGUUUGUUUCUUAAAGCUUUCCCAUUGGAGAAGAAUGUGGGCAAAGUAGUACUAGUGAAGUAAUGCUUGUUUUCCCUCGACCUUAUGCUGUCUGACCUGAGAUCAGCUGAAUCUGUCUACUGAGGGCGUGAAAAGCGGAGGUUUUUAAGCUCCUGAGUUCAGCUGAAUCUGUCUACUGAGGGCGUGAAAAGUGGAGGUUUUUAAGCUCCUGGGAUCGGUUGAGUCGGUCUACUGAGGGCGUGAAAAGCAGAGGUUUUUCAGCUCCACCUGUUCCCAGUAUAGUACCACCAGGGGGCAGCAUUUCCACUACGAGUCAGUAGUAGAAUGUCCGUGAUCUUUUCCAUUGUGACCACAGGCCAACAUUGAUUUCUCUCUCACUCGACUCAAAUUCAACACCUUUUCAGUUCUGUUUUAUUUUGAUUUAUUGUAGUCAAAGAGGUUGUAGAAUGGUCGUUUGCUUGUGUUUGUCCGGGAAAGACCUCUAACUGACUCUGCCAAAGGCUCGUUUGAGGGUGAUGGGCCAGUUUUGUACUGGACUGGAGGCGAGUGGUGUUCAAGUUGUAUUAAGCCGCUGAUUUCACUUCCCAGUUAUCUUUGAAAAGAAGACACAGUUAUCCUCCCCUGGUUCAAGUAGAGGUCAUCGCUGUAUUGUUCUUUUGUUUCAUUUUUGUGGGGGGAAACAAUAUUAAAAAAAGAAAGUUACCGUCAAGUGACUUUCAUUAGCUUCGUUAGCUGUGAUGGCAGUAGACUCUAUUGCUAGAACAUCAAGCCCUGAUCUUUUAGGCUAAUUGAAUGAUGAAGUUUAAAUUCAAGCUCAGCACUUAAGAUAUUGCAAUGUGUAUAGUCAUUCAGUGCUCAUAUAGAUGGUGUGUUGUGAGGGAGCAGGGGCAGUAUGCUCAUGCCUGAUGGACAGGUCAGUAUUUGAUUAUCAUAGCAACUUGUACACACUCCUCUCCUACCAGAGGUAUUCCUCAAACAUGGCCACUGAUGUCUUUUCAUGACAAAACAAACUAAAACACUGUUCAUUUUAAGCAGUGUGCCAAGAACGAGAUACGCAGCAGCGCUCUCUCUCGGAAGUCUAUACAGUUUCAUGUGUCCCAUGGUGUAGACCCAUUGGGUCUCGUAUUCCUACAAGGAACCAAAAUGGUAGCCCCCCUCCUGGUCUAACUGUACAUGCCUGCCUGGUCAACGGAGCUGUCUCUCCAGACAGGGUAGACAUUCACUGACUGAAAAGAAACAAUAUAAAACUGUUUGGUUUGUUUUGUUUGAUUUUUUUUUUUUUUUUUUUCUGUGUGGGAGGGAGGUGCGAUAUGGAUCAAUGCUGGUAUUUCAGGGUUUUUUUUCGGAGCGACAACCCCGUCGCCGCCCUCCCUGAUCUCCACCUCAGCAGUGUUACCCAUGGGGGACUGAGUCCGGGUGGCGCUCCUCCAGAUUGUGUCGGAAAGACCCAGAAACCCCCCAUGAGAACUGUCCUUACUGUAUUACAAAAAAAAGUGCAUUGCUCUUGUCAAUGUAUGUGUUGAUAACUGUAAAUAUAUAUUUUGUAAUAAUGUCAUGUCAUAUUUUUUUGUUUAAAUUUUUGUUGUUGAUUUAUUAUGACACAAUUCUUUAUCUGGCUGUCAGGUGUAGAUAUCAGAUGUUAUUUUUACAGGUGUAAGCAGUGGCACGUUUCCUCACUGACAAAAAAUAAAAAACGAUGACUGUUGA